GACGCCCUCAAGGUGCUCGACUGAGUGCCUGCCUCCUGCCACAUCAACUCUUCGCUCCCCAGCCAUGAUCGUCGGUUCAUCCAUCGAUUUAGUUUGCUUUUCCGUUCCGUCCAUCGAUUUAGUUUCCUACUACGUACUUUGGAAGGUGAAAUCUACUGUGUGAAGCUGUGAACCUUAGAAGAAAACGGGAAUCAAUAACUUCCGAACGUCUGAUUUUUAGGAGCUGCGUCCGAACGCGUCCAAAGCCAUUCGAUAAGACGAACGAAUCUUGAAGCGUAUAGCCAGCCACGUCAUACACACUUGACCAUUCGGGAUCGAGGGAGAACGCUCCGAACGACAACGCAGCCCAGUCGCCCCACCCACAACACGCGACCCACUCCCCCGACAACCAUAUCCACUCCUCCCACUCUCAGUCACAUCUCGAAUCCUCGAGAGUUUCGACCGGCGCCCCUCGCCGCCGGGCAUGGAGGCCACCCCCCGCAAGCUCGUUUUCUUAUCCGGUGACGCACGGGCGGUGGAGGUGUCGCCACGCGCGCCGCGGCCUCGCUCGGAGGUGGAGGAGCGAGUAGAGAGGGCGCGCUCGGUGGGCGGCAUGGCGAGGCAGAAGGUGGAGAGGGAGUGGGCGGCCAUGCCUCGGCGGAGCAGAGUGGGAUGAGGCGGAGCAGGAAGCCUCGAUGGUGUGCGACGUCGGGAGGGAGGCGAGAUUGGCGGAGAGCACGGGGGAGACGAGGUCGUGGCGGUUCACGGCAUCGUGGGUCACCGGCAGCACACGGUGGCAGGAGGUGAAGAAGAUGAGGUCAUGGCAGCCAGGGCGGCGAGUGUUGCGGAGCCGAGGAAGGGAGGUUACGGAAGGCCCGCGAGGAAGACGGAGGCGACCUCGCGGAGGGGAAGGGGAGCAGCGAGCUCAACAUGCUACUGAAACUGAUGGCUUCCGCUUCCACCUCACGAACGACGAGCUCGUCGUGCACUACCUCUGCAGGGAGGUGGCGGCCCAGCCGCAGCCGUGCCCCUCAUCGCCGAGCUCGCUCUGUACAAGUUCAACCCCUGGGUCUGCCUGAAAUCUUGUAUCGCGCACUAAUGUCGGAAGUGUGCACCGGCGGCGGGUUGCACCAGCGCGGGAGUGUCCCGGCCACGAGCAGGUUCUGUAGCAGGGGCCCCGCCUCCGUGACGAGCUACAGCAGCCGACCCCUCGGUGGCAGCGGCUUCUUCGCGGUGAGCAGAGCACGGCGUCGUCCCCGCACUGCAGCUGCUUCACCGGCGGGGGCGGGCUGGCGUGGCCGCGCUCUCGCGAGCUUGGACAUGGCGCUCAAGAUGCUGGUGAUCGUGCAUCGCCUCCUCGCUGACGGUGAGCAGGAGCUAUUCUACGCCGCACGGCGGGGCACGCGCGUGCUCUACAUGUCCGCUCCUAGGCCGCUUACCUCGACGAUGGCCCCAACCGCUGCAAGCUGCUCUGCGACGAGCUUUACAUGUCUCCAGGAAACCGCUUCAGCUACAUCGGCGAUAAUGGGAGUAGAAGGGAGGAUGCGGCGGCAGACGCCGACGCCGCCAAGGCGGUGGCGAUCCGCCGAGGGAGACGCCGACGAGCAAGAUGGUCUAGAGCAGCUCCUCGGCAAGAUCCAGCAACUGCAACAUCUCCUCGAACGAUUCAUCUCUUGCUGACCGGUAGGCGCGGCGAAGACGAACUGGGUGGUGACGGUGUCUCUGUACCCGCUGGUGAAGGAGAGCGUGCAACUGUACCGCGAGCUCACGGAGGUCAUGGCCGCGCUCAUCGAGCAGUUACUGGACAUGGAGACCGCGGACUGUGAGCGCGUGCACGGAGUCUUCUGCAGCCUCGCCAAGCAGAUCGACGAGCUCGACUCUUUCUACACGUAGUGCAAGGAUGCCUACGUCUCCCGCCAGUCCGACGUGCCGGAGGUGGGGGUCAUCACGCAAAAGAGGCUAGAGCUCAUGGACGAGUUCAUCUGUGGCAGGCGCGGCGCCAUGUCGCAGCAGAGGCUGCCGCCGUCGUCGCCGGAGCGGUCCAGCCCGGAGCCAGAGGUCGCGGAGCUUCUGCAUCUUGGUGAGGUUCCAGAGCGAGGACCGUACGUCAGGUUCUUGAGCUUGGACAGCGCGAGAGGCACCUGGCAUCACCGGCCAUUGCUGUUCAGGGCCAGGUACGUGAGGUUCUCCCCGAGACGGCCGAUGUCGGCGGGGAGGUCGCCCGCGAACUUGUUCGUCGAGAACCGUGAUAAACCGUGCGGGGCGAUGAUAGGCGCCGGCGCGCCGGCCCAAAUUUGGGCCGGUCACCCGCGAGCCGUACGAUUCUGCCCCUAUCAGCCGUCCAAUCCUUAUCCUUCCCCUGCCCAUCCCUUUCCUCCUCACCGCAUGAGAUCUGAGAAAAAGAAAAACACGAGCACAUGGCAGCCGCACCUCGCUACCGCGUCGCACUGCCCGUGUCCGCCCUCCCCUCGUUUGCCCUCGUUGUCGACAGUUGCUGUCGUGCUCGCCGUUGAUGCUCGCCGUCGACGCUCGCAACAAAAGAAAAUGCUACCCGUGUCACCAUCUAGUUGGAUCCUUGGAAAAAAUGCUGGUUCCAGCAAAACAAGAUUACAAUGGUAGCAAAAAUUGAUAACGUUUCCAACAAAAAUAAUCUCAGCAGUACAAAUCUGAGGAAUACGAUUGUAGCAAACAAAAAGGCUGUUCCAGCAAUCACAAAUGCUGGUUCCAGCAAAAAAAAACUCAGCAGCAAAACACACUAGUUGAUUGUAGCAACAAAAAAAGCUGUUCCAGCAAAACUUAAUGGUGGUUCCAGCAAAAAAAGUAGCUGGUUCCAGCAAUGGUGGACCGCCGCUGUCGCCGUCGCAGCACGGCCGUCGCCGGUUCCAUUAUUUGUCUGGCUGGUUGCAGCUUCCGGGCCUACGCUUGUAGCUCCGCCGCGCCGAGGUUGCAGCAUCUUCUGAUGGUGGUUGCCCUCUCCUGCGAGCGGAGUGGAUCGUGCAGAUCGUCGCCCGUGGCGAGCAGAUGUGUGUUCUCGCCGGAGCAGCAAGCUACUAGCAAGCAUGACAAGAUUCCAGCAAAACAAAAACAUGGUUCCAGCUAAAAAGAAAGCCGGUUCCAGCAAAGAAAGGCUCACCGUCAAUGGAUGCAGCGAAAUUUCUCACCGGUCCCAGCAAAAACUAACUGCAGUUGUAGCUCUUUGAUCUGCCGGUUGCAGCACCCUUGCGUGCUGUUUCCAGCACGACGGUCGGCGGUUUGGUUCCCGGCUUGUAGCUCCUCUGCCCGCCGGUUGCAGCUCCCGGAGUGGCCGGUUACAGCUCCCCUGUUCUCCGGUUGCAGCUCCCUGCGUGGCUGGUGGUGGGGUUCGCCGGAGCAAGGAUGCGGCAGCGCGAGCAAGAGGCAGAGGCGAGGCAGGUGAGACCCGAGCGAGAGGAUGAGUGGAUGAGGUUUGUGUGGAUGAGCGGUUGUUGGGGAUAAGGAUGUGGGGUUGCUGGGGAAAAGGACGUGAGUGCGUGGGACCCAUGGACGCGUGGUGUGCGUGCGGCACUUGUGCCUGUGCGCGAGGAGAGCGGCGCGUCCGGCCGAAAGUUCGGUCGGCGUGCCGAUUACAACCGUUUACCUUUCUCAUACCACAGGUCCUGGGUUCGAGCGGGUGCGGGA